AUGCAUCCAAAACUUCUGCUGCUAUUCGCUUGCCUCAGCCUGGCCAAGGGACUGGAUCAGCUGCGCUAUGACAACUACAAGCUGUACAAAGUUCAAAUCGAGGAUGUGCAACAGUCUCAGCUGCUCAAUGAAAAUGAGAAUGCUCUCAAGCUCAGCAGCUGGCGUGAGGCGCGUCAUCCGGGCGACUACUCGGACUUUAUGUUGCCACCCCAGAGCCAGGAGGCUUUCGAGGAUCUGCUCAACAGGCACAACUUCAGCUACAGCAUCAAGAUUGACAACGUGCAGCGCCUGAUCGAUGCACAGCGUCCAAAGCAACGCACCAGCCAAAUGGAGUGGACGCAGUACCACACGCUGGACGAGAUCUACGCCUGGCUGGAUGUGAUCGAGGCGCGUUAUCCUCACAUUGUCACACCCUUCACGAUUGGCAACUCCUAUGAGAGUCGCCCAAUUCGAGGCAUCAAGAUCUCCUACAAGCCCGGCAAUAGCGCCGUCUUCAUCGAGUCCAAUAUACACGCACGCGAAUGGAUCACCUCGGCCACCAUCACGUAUUUCAUAGACGAGCUGCUCGUGCCCCGCAAUCCGGCUGUGAGAGACAUAGCACAGAAUGUGGACUGGUACAUCAUACCCGUGCUGAAUGUGGACGGAUUUGUCCAUUCACAUGAAGUGGAACGUCUGUGGCGAAAGUCGCGUCUACCCUCGGAUCCCGCGGGCAAGUGCAUUGGCACAGAUUUGAAUCGCAACUUUGACUAUCGUUGGAUGAUGAUUGGCGCCUCAGAUGAUCCUUGCUCCGAAACGUAUGCAGGUCCCUCUGCUGAAUCUGAUCCGGAGAUAAAUCAAUUGACAAGUUACAUAAACAACUCCAUACCGGAAGGUACCAUUAAGAUCUAUAUAUCCCUGCAUUCCUAUGGACAAUAUGUGCUGUCGCCUUGGGGUCACACCGCUGACGAGUUUCCCGAACAUUAUCCCCAGAUGAUGGCUGUUGCUAAAGGAUUCGCGGAUGCUUUGGUCCGACGCUAUGGCACAGUAUUUACUUAUGGAUCCAGUGCCACAACUCUCUAUGCCGUAUCUGGUUCUGGCAAGGAAUGGGCCUAUGGUGUGAAGAACAUAACCAUACCAUAUACCAUAGAGCUACGCGAUAAAGGCGAGCUGGGUUUUCUACUGCCGCCCGAGGAUAUAAUACCUGUGGCACGUGAGGUCAUAGAGGGAUUUGUGGGCAUGAUAGCGGCUGCCCGGGAAGUUGACGUCCUGUAAG